GCGUGUAGCCGAUGAUCUCCACCCCCCCAGUGAUGGAAUAUUGCAGUGGAGGCGACCCAGACUGAACCGAAGCCCGCUGCCUUGGUUUUGAUGCAAAAGCAAGGGAGCAUCACGCUGAACGCAGAGCUGGUCGGGCAGCCACUCUCCCUGCCUGUCCUCCUCUCUCUCCCCUCCUCCUCCUCCUCCUCCGCCACGCUGGUAAUCCUUGCUGACACAACGCACAAAGGACUAAAUGCCGGCUGCAUCCUCUAGCAACAAGGCAGCCGUCUUUCUUCCUCUUGAUCCUCUAUCGUCCGCUGGCUGACCUGUAAAUCAGGAUGCUGCUUCAGUAACACUGGCAAGUGUAUAUCACAUCCCUGGAAUGCCGGCCUCGCGGUCCUACUCCUCCUCCCCCCGUAUCUCCUCCUCCUCCUCAUCCUCCUCCUCCUCCUCCUCCUUGGCUGGUUCAUUCAGAGGAAGCAUCACCACCAGGUUUCAGCCGUGAAGAGGCAUUUUUUGUUAUUUAUUUUUUAUUUCUAUUUUUAUUUUUCUGUUAAAUCUUGCUCGGAGCGGAGGGGACCAUUUGUAGCUUAUUUUUCUUCCUUCAUCUGAUGCAUCAAUGUAGAAGGAGGUCUGAUCGGCUUCUUUUCCCCUCCUGUUGUUGUCGAUCUCUGUUCAUUCAGCUCCACAUCACUGUGCCGACAGUCACCCCUGACCUGUUCCCGGAAACCACCCUGGUGCCGUCGUUGCCGGCGAUCUCGUCGGCCCGAUCCGACUCUGCACCCCAGAAGCCCCGGAGGCGCCGGAGCAGGGGGGCGGACGGUGCCGCCAGACCCUGGCCGCUGGCCGCCGCCGGUAGGCCAGGCCCCAGCCGAGGCAGCAUGGAGGUGGGCAUGCGCGUGGUGCGCGGCCUGGACUGGAAGUGGGGGAACCAGGACGACUGCGAGGGGCACAUAGGCACCGUGGUGGAGAUCGGGCGGCAGGGCAGCACCACCACGCCGGACAAGACGGUGGUGGUUCAGUGGGACAGUGGCACGCGGACAAACUACCGCACCGGCUACCAGGGGGCCUACGACCUGCUGCUUUAUGACAACGCUCAAAUCGGGGUGCGUCACUCCAAUAUCAUCUGCGACAGCUGCAAGAAGCACGGAAUCAUGGGAAUGCGAUGGAAGUGCAAGGUGUGCUUCGACUACGACCUGUGCACCCAGUGUUACAUGAACAACAAACAUGACCUCAGCCACGCUUUCGAACGCUACGAGACAGCACAUUCCCAGCCAGUGAGCUUGACACCGAGGCAGAACCUCCCGCGGAUCAUCCUGAAAGGAAUCUUCCAGGGUGUUAAAGUAGUUCGAGGACCAGACUGGGACUGGGGCAACCAAGAUGGUGGGGAGGGUAAGGUUGGGAAGGUAGUGGACAUUCGCGGCUGGGACACAGAGUCUGGUCGCAGCGUGGCUAGUGUCACCUGGUCUAAUGGCACCACCAAUGUCUACCGAAUGGGCCACAAGGGCAAGGUAGACCUCAAGUAUGUGUCAGAUGGCCAAGGAGGAUUCUAUUACAAAGAUCACCUACCUAAGCUUGGGGAGCAUGCAGAGCUGCAGCGGCAGGAGAGUGCCGACGGCCACUCCUUCCAGCAGGGGGACAAGGUCAAGUGUCUCUUGGAGGUGGACAUCCUGAGACAGAUGCAGGAGGGUCACGGAGGCUGGAACCCCAAGAUGGCAGAGUAUAUCUGCCGGAUUGGGACUGUUCACAGAAUCACUGACCGAGGAGAUGUCCGAGUUCAGUACAGCAACAACAUCCGCUGGACCUUCCAUCCGGGGGCUCUCACAAAGGUGAAUACCUUCGGAGUUGGUGAACUAGUAAGAGUAUUGGAUGAGAUGGAGACGGUGAAAAGACUUCAAGCUGGCCACGGAGAAUGGACAGACAGCAUGACUCCUGUGCUCGGCCAGGUAGGGAAGGUGCUGAAAAUAUACGGGGACGGUGACCUGCGCGUGGCAUUCGGAGGGCAGACGUGGACGUUCAACCCGGCGUGCCUCCAGGCCCAACCCGUGGAGGUGGACGCCAACCUCAUGACGGCCGAGAAUCCCAACGAAUCUGGAAGUACCGUCAUCUCAGUGUUGGAGAAGCUGCUGUCUCAGUCCACGGAGCAGGACAAUCCCACCCGGCUGGUCAUCGAGGCGGCGCAGGGCAGUGCCAACAAAGUGCGAGAGCUGGUGCAGAAGUAUCCCGACAAGGUGGAUAUCAAGAACCAGGGCAAGACGGCGCUGCAGGUGGCCGCUCACCAGGGCCACAUGGAGGUGGUGAAAGCUCUGCUGCAGGCCAACAGCUCGGUGGAAGUGACAGACGAGGACGGUGACGCGGCGCUGCACUACACCGCCUUCGGUAACCAGGCUGAGAUCGCACAGCUGCUGCUGAGGAAAGGGGCCAACGUCAACCUGCUGAACAACUCCAUGUGCACCGCACUCCACAUCGCUGUCAACAAGGGCUUUACUGACGUGGUGCGAGUGCUCACCGAGCACUCGGCUGACGUCAACAUCCAGGACUCAUACGGAGACACCCCACUCCAUGAUGCCAUUGCUAAAGAUUUCCGCAAUAUCAUCGAGAUACUUGUCGUCGUGCCCAACAUCGACUUCACGCAGCAGAACCUCAAAGGCUUCAACCUGCUGCAUCACGCUGCCCUCAAGGGAAACAAACUGGCCACAGAGAAGAUAAUGGCCCGAGCCCGGCAGCUGGUGGAUGUUAAAAAGGACGACGGCUUCACUGCACUUCAUCUGGCUGCUCUCAACAACCACCGAGAUGUGGUGGAGGUCCUGGUCAAGGAGGGUCGUUGUGACAUUAACAUCCGCAACAACCGGAACCGGACGCCGCUGCAGCUGGCGGUGAUGCAGGGCCACACCGAACUGGUGCAGCUGCUGGUGGACGAGGGCGCCGACGUCAACAUGGAGGACGAGGACGGCGACACCGCCAUGCACAUGGCCCUCCUGCGCCCGCAGCUUGCCAACGUGGCGCUCGGCCCUCCGGUGGGAACCAGCAGCACCGAGGAGAACGGCGAGGGCUGCACCACCACGUCGCUCUACUGCAGGCUGAACUCCUCGGGUCUUCUGGGGAGCACGGAGCUGAGCGUUGGCACAGGGAUCGCCUGUUUCCUCGCGCAGGAAGGCGCUGACAUCAGCUAUGCCAACCACAAGGGCAAGAGCCCCCUGGACCUGGUGACGGACAGCGCCAUGCUGCAGCUCAUCAAGAGCUUCUCUGACAAGCACAGGUUGCAGCGCCUGCAGACCAUCGCGAGUGGACAGGGCCAGAGCAGCGCCAGCAUGCGGCGGGUCCACACCACCCCCAACACCAUGACCAACCUGGUCCUGCCCACGGCGCCGGGGCCCAGCGAAUGCCUCAUCUGCUCGGAGCUGGCGCUGCUGGUUCUUUUCUGCCCCUGCCAGCACAGCGUGGCCUGUGAAGAAUGUGCCCAUCGCAUGAAGAAAUGCAUCAAAUGCCAGGUUACUAUCACCAAGAAAAUCAGGCAAGACCAGACCGAGGUCGAAUGCAGCCCCGGCACGGAGAACUCGGAGCAGCACAACCUGCUGGAGCAGCUGCAGUCUCGCUACCGGCAGAUGGAGGAGCGCAUCACCUGCCCCAUCUGCAUCGACAACCACAUCAAGCUGGUGUUCCAGUGCGGCCACGCCUCCUGUAUCGACUGCAGCGCCGCGCUGAAAACCUGCCCCAUCUGCCGGCAGACCAUCCGCGAGCGCAUCCAGCUGUUCGUCUGAGCCCGGCCGUCCUCUCGGCUUCUGGAUGACCCAAGGAGGACGUGAGGGGAGGGCUCCGGCCAGGCGGGGCUGGGAGGCGCUGGGGAGGGGGGGGGCAGCUGGGGCUUUAGAUGACCCCACAUCUGCCCAUCACAAGAUCCUGCAACCCCCACGUUGAUCAGACAUCCACUCGGCCCGCUGGAUGCUUUUUGUGGGAAAGCUGGGUUACAUUUGUCAGAACUUUGUUACAUGUCGGUCGGUUUCCCUCUCGAGCGGUGCGGAGGAGAAGACGCUGAUCACUUUCAUCAUAUUUCCAGGGGGGAAAGUGACUCUUAGCCGAACCUGAAAGGACUCAGGUGAGUUAAAGGCGUGAGGCGCUGCCUCGCUGGACCUCGGUUGGUGAGACGGGAGGGAAAACGCUCCCUGACUGCUUCUGUUCCCGACUCCAGCUGGCCUCAGCUUCUCGUAAUCCGUCUGAUCUUUGCUGCUUUAAGUGGAUGUCUGUUACCCAUCAUCCUCUGUGGCUUAAUGGCCUUAUGUGUUUACAAGGCUGCACAGAGAUCCGUUCUUGUUGUCUUGCUCCUCAGCCUGUGAAUUACUUUCGCUCUCAUUUGUGUUGGUCUCUUAUUAAUCAGUGUUAGUCUCCAAAAAGAGUUUGUAUAACUAAACGCCGUCUAUAUACUCCCCGAUCACUUGUUCGUAUGCAAGGGGAAACGAAACACUAUAUAUGCAUGGGAAUAUGCAUAUCGGAAAGCUGAAAACGACUGACUGUUGUCACGGCUGGUUUGUGGAUGUUUUAUUUCUUUGUGGUCACAUAUCUGUGGUUUUUCUGUGUACUUGUGAGUGCAGACUUUUAUUUAUGCGUGAAAGGUGGUUUUAGUGGUUCUCUGGUUUCACUUCGUGUUUGCUUGGUGAAAAUAUUUCUGUUUCUACUGAAGUUCACCCCAAGCCUAUGGCCUCUUCUCAGGGUAUGAAAUCAUUAAAAAGCACUUGGGAUAUCCAUAAAUGCUAAAGAGCUCCCGCGCAGGCGUGCCGUCACACCGUCACAGGAGAGUAAAUCCGAUAUUAGUGGGGGGGGGGGGGUCUCUGAGAUGAAAGAAUAGUAAUAACCAGUAAUACGUUUGAAUGUUUACGGAGGAGAUUCUGCAACAAAACUGACAAUUCACCUCCGAAAUGUGUCAACAACAUGAGACAGAGAUGGCGUUUGCAUGCCAAGGCUGACUUACAAUAAAACCCUUAGAUCCAAAUCUGUAUCGGCGUUUCUGGUUGAACCUUUUAACGGAAAUCCAUCAAUGUCUUUGAUCGACUACCAGAGCAGCAACACGGCUUCCUCCGCACAUUCAGCUUUCCUUCUGUUGGUAAGAGAUCUGUGUUGCUCUGCUCGUUUGUAACUGUUACUAAAGAGAAUCCUCUUCUUUUUUUCUUUUUCUUUUUUUUUUCCUCCAGACGUAUUGUAAGAUAUUUAAUCAGACGAGCAAAAACAUGACAAUGUUGUGUUGUGUCAUCAGUUCUCCAUCGCCACCUCCAGCGUGUUGGUGUGUUUCCUUGAAGGGCUUUUGCAUAUUGAAAAAAAUGAAUAAAAUAAAAAAAUCUAUUUUAGAUCUUAAUUUAUUUUGAUUUUCGAUAUUACAUCUCCAGAGGCAGGAGUGUUAAUUAUUAUUAUUGUUGUUAUUUUAAUUAUUAUUUUCUGGCUUCACUAGAUCCCAGGUUUUGGGAGAGCCAAUGUUAAAGAUGUACAUUUGAAUGUUGGGGGACGGGGGGAGGAGGGAGGGGUGAAAUGUAUCCUGUCUCGCUCUGCCUUUUUAUGUGUUUAAAAAAAAAAAAAAGAAAAAAAAGUAAAAAGAAGGAGCUAGUUGAACCAAGAUUCACCGUGAGGUUUAACCUCGAGGGAAGAAUUUCUACACCAGUGCCAAACUGCAUGAAAAUGUGCAUCGGCAUGCACGCCCGAAUCUACGUAGACGUACUAUCCUAAACCCCUCGGAGCUCCAGCGAGGACGAUGUCAACAAAACACAGACUUUACCUUUUCCGUUUGGUCCAGGAUCCGAAUCAUGAUCUCAGCACACCGACCUCUGGUGAACUCGUGUCCCUCCGGCUUCAGCAGUCUUCACAAAGUAUCGUCAGUCCCAUAUGGUUUGGAGCUUUUUACAACUAUAAACUUAUAUAUAAUAUAUAUUUAUAUUUUAUGAGACAUUACCAGUCACUGGACACGUUUCUUACAGAGGUUUCAGCGUUUAAGAGUUGUCCAUUGCUGUCCUAAGUUGAGGGGUUUACAGAGGCAAUAAUGUUUUAGACGACUGGGGAAGCUGUUUUAGUUGUUUUUGAUUAUUUUUAUUCUCCAUUGAGGGGUUAGCAGUGAGAGCAGGCAAAGGUUUAUGUAAAAAGAAUUAAAAAAGAAAAACAUAAAUAAAUGACAAAAAUAUAUCGGCCACAUUAAGGCAGCAAAUGUUACUGUUGGUGUUUGUACAGUGGAGCUCUUGGAGUGUUCAUGUCGGCCUUACUGUCCCUUCCUCCUACGUUGAUGUUUUUUCAGUUGUAUUCUGUACAAAAAUAUUUUGCAAUAAACAUGGAACUGUUUUCUAAGAA